AUGCCGCGUUGGACUUUCGAACUCACCCCGGACACUCUCUCUGCUGCCGAAAAACAGACCGUCGCCCAGCAUGUUACCGAUAUUUAUGUCGAGUUAGGUCUUCCUGCCUUCUUUGUCAAUGUAUUCUUUCAUGAAAACCGAGUUGGUUGCUUCUUCAGCGGGGGUAAAACACCACCCAAUGCGGUAUUCUUUGUUAUCGAUCAUGCCGCUCGCUCGUUUCCUUCAGAAGAAGUUCGAUUGGCCUUCAUCCAGCGAAUUAACACCAUAAUGAGGCCGAUAUUGGCGCCUAAAGGAAUCAAGUGGGAGUACAACAUUUACGAGCAUCCCCGAGACAACUGGAGAGUCAACGGCAUGAUCCCUCCAAUUGACGAGCCCGAGGUUUUGCAAGAAUGGAUUGAUGAAGACAAUGCGGUGCCAUACGGAGAGUAUGCGAUAGAAACAGAGGAACAGCCGGCCCCAUUGCAGAAAUGGCAGUGA